GUCCCAUUAUUUAUCAAUUCGAAAGGCCCCGAAAAUCACAAUCCAAUUUCCAUUUCCAUUUCAGUUCCACAAAAAAGAUCUUCUUCCCACUUGCUAUCUCUGUUUCGAGUAACAAAAAAUUCCCACAAACGACAGAGAGAGAAAAAGAAGAGUUAUCUGUGUUCAUCAUCAUCUUCUUCUUUCUGGUAUUGGAUCCACAGCAGCCAUCUGCGAUCAGUAAAAGGUUAUAAACCCAUUUUGCGAUUGUUAUACUGAUAUUCCGCUGAAGUUACUCAAGUUAAAUCCGUGUGCGAUUUCAUUACAGCUUUCUUGAGUUCCGGUUUGAGAGGGUGAACCCAGGGAAUGCUGCAUGAUGUGCCUGAAUGUUUGGAACUCAUUCUCUGAAGCCCAUAAGUUAGUGGCUUUGCAAGACCUGCCUUAUUUUAUCCUUGAUGAAACUGGAUUCAUAGAUUUUACUUCAUCAUUCACAUGUUCAGCUGAAAAGCAAUAUGAGCCUUCAACUUGUUAUAAAUUUCCUGUUGUGUUAAUGCGUGAUGUAUGUGAAGACGGUUCGACUUUGUGUAAUUUGUGUGUUUUAUAGACUAUAAAACUAGCAUAUUGGUGGGAAAUUAUAGUUGAGAUUAGUAAAUUAGCAUUCUUGGCUCGAGAUGGAACACAAACCUGGUAUCUUGACACAAAAAUAUGAGAUUGGGAGAUUGCUUGGCCAAGGCACCUUUGCAAAGGUUUACUAUGCAAGGAGUAUCAGUACAAACCAAAGUGUGGCAAUUAAGGUGAUUGACAAAGAGAAGAUUUUAAGGGCAGGGCUUGUCGAUCAGAUCAAGAGAGAAAUAUCUGUGAUGAGAAUUGUUAGACACCCCAAUAUUGUGCAUCUUUAUGAGGUCAUGGCAACCAAAAGUAAGAUUUACUUUGUAAUUGAAUAUUGUAAAGGUGGUGAACUUUUUAACAAGGUUGCUAAAGGAAAGUUAAAGGAGGAUGUUGCGCACAUGUAUUUUCAUCAGUUGAUAAAUGCAGUUGAUUUCUGCCACAGCAGGGGUGUUUAUCAUCGAGAUAUAAAGCCAGAAAACCUGUUGUUGGAUGAGAAUGAGAAUCUGAAGAUAAGUGACUUUGGGUUAAGUGCACUGGCUGAAUCUAAACGCCAAGAUGGACUGCUUCAUACAACUUGUGGGACACCUGCAUAUGUUGCUCCGGAAGUGAUCAACAGAAAAGGCUAUGAUGGGGCCAAAGCUGAUAUAUGGUCUUGUGGGGUGGUUUUAUUUGUUCUAUUGGCAGGUUAUCUUCCAUUCCAUGAUUCAAACUUGAUGGAGAUGUACAGAAAAAUUGGCAAGGCUGAUUUCAAAUGCCCUAAUUGGUUUCCACAAGAAGCUCGUAGGCUUCUAUUUAAGAUGCUGGAUCCAAACCCCAAUACUAGGAUUUCCAUGGAUAAGAUAAAAGAAAGUUCUUGGUUUAGAAAAGUUUUUAAUCCUAAACAGAAGAAAACUGAAGCAGAAGUUCAGGAUAUUUUGGACAGCAACGGUUCUGGUCCAUCUGAGAACAGCAGUGUGUCUUCGGAGGCAAAGCAGGAGUCAGUCAAACCUCCAAGGCUAAAUGCGUUCGAUAUCAUUUCUCUUUCAGCUGGGUUUGAUCUCUCUGGAUUAUUUGAUGAAAAUUCACAACUCAGAGAAGCAAGAUUUACUUCUCUUCAACCUGCCUCAGUCAUCAUUUCUAAACUUGAAGAUGUUGCCAAGCAUCUAAGACUGAAGAUCAUGAAGAAGGAAGAAGGAUUGUUGAAAAUGGAAAGUCUACAGGAAGGCAGAAAAGGGCCCUUAUGCAUUGAUGCAGAGAUCUUUGAGGUCGCUCCUAAUUUUCAUUUGGUAGAGGUGAAGAAAUCCAAUGGAGAUACAAUGGAAUAUCAGAAGAUAUUGAAAGAGGAUAUAAAGCCAGCUCUCCAAGAUAUUGUUUCGGCUUGGCAAGGUGAACAACUACUGCAGCCACAGCAGCAGCAACAAGAACAAGAAACUGCAUUAGCAGCAUCUGCAGUAAUGACAUAGUAGGCUAGACUAGCGGUUUGCUAAUUUGCUUGUGUCAUUCUCGAAGUGCUUGUGUUUUCAUGAUAUCUUAUGGUUGUGUCCCUGUUCAUUGCGUUUUUUUUUUCCUUUUUCUUUUGUUUUGUUUUUGAACUUGUAUGUCUGACUACGUGAGUAUAAGAUCCCACCUAAAUGAAUUUGUUUGUAUUUGGUAUGCUUUAAACAAUGACUUACUGUUAAAUCUGUGAUCGUCUGUUUCUGAAAUUUUGAUAUGAUUCUUUUUCGUUCA